CCUCCUGCUCCGCGCCCUCCUAUCGCUGCCACCGCCUCCACUGGGCUGAGGAGCGGGGAGUCCGCGGCGCUGGCUUGGGGCUGCGGGAUGGGGAGUUAGCGGCACGGCGGCGGCAGUGGCCGCAGCGCAACCGGCCGCCGCCCCCGGGUCUGUCCCGCCCCGGAGCCAGGCCCGCGGGCGGCGGCGACGGAGGAGCUGGGCAGGUGGAUGCGGCUGGAAGAUGGCGCCCUCGGGCCCGGGCAGCGUCAGGCGGCGGUGCCGGCGGGUGCUGUACUGGAUCCCGGUGGUGUUCAUCAGCCUUCUGCUCGGCUGGUCCUACUACGCCUACGCCAUCCAGCUGUGCAUAGUGUCCAUGGAAAACGUUGGAGAACAAGUUGUGUGCCUGAUUGCUUAUCAUCUACUUUUUGCAAUGUUCGUCUGGUCAUACUGGAAAACUAUCUUUACAUUACCAAUGAAUCCUUCAAAAGAAUUCCAUCUCUCUUAUGCAGAGAAAGAAUUGCUGGAGAGAGAGCCAAGAGGAGAAGCCCAUCAGGAAGUUCUUAGGCGAGCAGCCAAAGAUCUUCCCAUCUAUACCAGGACCAUGUCUGGAGCAAUCCGAUAUUGUGACAGAUGCCAACUCAUAAAACCAGACCGCUGCCAUCACUGUUCCGUCUGUGAUAAAUGUAUUUUGAAGAUGGAUCAUCAUUGCCCAUGGGUGAACAAUUGUGUUGGAUUUUCAAAUUAUAAAUUUUUCCUCCUUUUCUUGGCUUAUUCUCUGCUGUAUUGCCUUUUUAUUGCUGCUACGGAUUUACAGUAUUUUAUCAAAUUUUGGACAAAUGGCCUACCCGAUACUCAAGCCAAGUUCCAUAUUAUGUUUUUAUUCUUUGCUGCAGCUAUGUUUUCUGUCAGCUUGUCCUCUCUGUUUGGCUAUCAUUGUUGGCUAGUCAGCAAAAAUAAAUCUACAUUAGAGGCGUUUAGAAGUCCUGUAUUUCGACAUGGAACAGAUAAGAAUGGAUUCAGCUUGGGUUUCAGUAAAAACAUGCGACAAGUUUUUGGUGAUGAAAAGAAGUACUGGUUGCUACCCAUUUUUUCAAGUCUAGGUGAUGGCUGCUCCUUUCCAACUUGCCUUGUUAAUCAGGAUCCUGAACAAGCAUCUACUCCUGCAGGAUUGAAUUCGACAUCGAAAAAUCCUGAAAACCAUCAGUUUCCUGCAAAGCCAUUGCGAGAGUCCCAGAGCCACCUUCUCACUGAUUCUCCAUCUUGGACAGAGAGCGGCACAAACCCGGGGAAAGGCAAAGCUGGUAUGAGCAAUCCUGCAUUAACCAUGGAGAAUGAGACUUAACUCUUCAAACAAAAUAAAUUCAUACUUUAUGAAAGUAUCAAUGCUGUAGGUGGAUGGAAGAGGCUUCCCACAGGAAGGCACCAUUAGCCUGUUGUUCCCAUUUCCCUUUGGCUGGCUAUGCAGAAUAUGAAUUGGUUAGUUCUCUCCAAGCCGUUGCUUAAAACAUAACACCUUUUUAAAUCCAAUAUACAGAUUGUUUCAACUAACACAAAUUCUUGUUAAAUAUUAGAAGUAAUUAAAGUUUAUGCAUCAAGGGCAAAAAUAUCUUCUAUCAUAAAAACUUGGAAUAAAUUCAUGGGCUAAUUUUCAACCAAAUAUUUGGGUAGUACAGUGUAUACACAUAAAAAGCCCAUUAAUCAUCUGAUUUUCUGAUUCAGAAAAUUGAGCCUAUUAAGAUACUGAAAUUUAAAAGAUUUCAAAUUACAGUAUAAUGACAGCUUUAUUAGUUACCUGUGAGGUGGAGGUAGCAUAUCAGUCUUGUUCCUUCCCUCUGUUGUGAAUCCAGCCCCAGACUGAGUGAGCUAUAAUGACUAUGAAUUCAUUGCAAAUUUUAAGUGGUCUUGAAGAUUACCACCAUUUUUGCCAGACUUUAAUUCUAGCCUUUGUUCACUGCUAGAAAAGAAGUAUGAUCAUUGAAGCCUGAGCUCACUGAUAAGCAACUAGCUAGCAAAUUUUUGUCACAACUAAUACAAUACUAUUACAUCCAAAUUUUUGUCACAACUAAUACACUACUAUUACACCCAAAAUUUAUUUUUCAUCUCGUCUGACCUUCUUAAAUUGGGGGAAAAUCUAUAAAAACAAUUACGAAGAUUGGUUUAUGAUGUUCUUUUGCCAGUCUUUUAAAAAAAAUAAAUCUCAAUUUUUUUAGGUUAUUUGUUCUCUUGAACAUUGCAAAAAUAUUGAAUUUUUAAGAAUUCUUAAUGGGCCACUAGAUUAAUCCUCCAUUGAUAUCUAUAUUAUUUGUGUCCCCUCAUCAAAAGUAUGACAACUAAACUUUAUAGUUCUUCAAAUACUUAAGAUUAAAUUAUGCAAAUCAUUAAAAGAAAUCAUAUACGUUUAGAAAUUUAGUUCAAUAUGAACUAAAUGGUGUGCUGUUUGGAAAUUGAGUUUAAGGUAAACAAACUAAAGUGGCGUGUUUGUUGAUGCCAAAAUGUUCGGCUUCAGUAAAUAUACUAGGAAGCUCUCGUGCCUUGUAUGCACUAUUUGAAAAAGUUUUAUUCGUUUUUUUGAGUGGAGUGUAAGUUUUGUAAAUGUUAGAGAUUAGAAUAAGCCGUAAACAGUUUUUGGUACUAAUUUUGAGAAUUUAAAGCAGAUUAUCUUUUAAACUUACACAGCUAAGGAACUGGUAUUUAAUCAAAGAGAAAAUGGUAUUAAACUUUUCAAAAUCUGAGUUAGACAAGAAUGCAACACAUAAUAGACUAGUAGAUCAGAGGAUAAUGGAGUAAAAAAGAUCCUUGCAAAUACUCAUUCUUUCUAAAAAUGUAAAGUUUUGUAUUUAAAUGAGUUUGUGAAAGAAUCGUCAGCCAAAUCCAUUUUAUAGACCAUUUGAGUGUAAUUCUUAGAAUAAUAGGAUGGCACUCUUUUCAGAUUUUUUUUCUCUUUUUUUAAAAGCUAAAGACUUUGAUCUGACAAUCUGUUUCAGGAAAUCUCAGAAGAUCUGAUGCAUUUUUUACUUUUUACUCUUAAAGCAUUUUUUGGUCAUCAUUGUUUUAUUACCUGAAGUGCCAGAUUGGAACCUAUAGGUACUGCUGAAAGUCUUAAGGACAACAGCAUCACGUGAUGUAUUAAGAAUUAUAUGCAGCCAGGUUAUUUUCAAAGCACAGUACUAUAGCCAUUUUUGUGGACAGGAUUCUGUGAUAUGUUCCUUCUUGUCAAAAUAGAAGAUAAGAAAAAAAGGAGGGGUUUUUAUUCUUUACCUUGCUAGAGUACUGUUAAAUUUUUCCUUUAGGUCUUUUGUGUAAUUACUGAAAUACAUGAGUCAGUACACAUUAGAAUCAGAUUCAAAAACAAACUUUUACAAAUAAAUUUUUUCCAUUAAGUUGUAAUGGUUCUCUUUUUGUUUUCAUACAGUGGAUAAUCUUUUAAGGGUUUUUGUUUUUAAUCUAGGUGGGUUAUCAUUUUUAGAGAUGAUGGCAUAUCUCAUUAGAUAUGCAGUAUAAAGUUUACCUGAGUGAAUAAGGCAUCAAAUAGACCUACAUUUUGUACAUAUUUAUGAAAUAUACCUUAAAAACACUUUAAACAUUUUGUUUUAAAAAAUUUGUUAGACUCAAACUUGAAAGACACUUACACUUCAACUAUCCAGAUAGUCCAUUUAGCUGAUAAUUUUGAUUUUUUUUCGUUUUUAAAAAUUCUACCAUAUAGGUAAAAUUUUUAAGAAUUUUUUUAAAAAUAUUGUACAAAUACUUCAUAUACUUUAGUUCACUGUUUGCCAUUGUGCAAAAGAGGGUUUGUAUUUUCAAAGAUAAACUUAUUGCAUCUAAAUACAAUGAUGGGACAUUCAAGGCAGUGCUUAUCCAUGAAUUCUCUCCUGUUCUACCAUAAUAAAGUCUGGUUGAUCACCUUUACUAGCUGUCUAAAUGAAAUUGCCUUUGCACUGACAAUCGAAAUCGCUUUAAAGAUACACUUUUCCUAAUCGUCUACCAGAGCUACUACAGACAAAAUGGUUCGACAACCUGGUCAGAACAUAGGUCUUUUGAGAAGAGGUGGAUGACAGGAGGAGAUAUGUGUUGGUAAAAUGCUUCUGGGGACACUUAAAAACAGACUGCAAAGCUUGAGUACACUGUGUUCAACAGAUAACUGGGGGAUACAACAUGUUCGACAGUAACUACGUUCUCUUAGAGAAGUCAAAUGCAAAGGAUUUCUAGAAGGUGUUCUUAAAAAAUGAAGGUAGUAAUCAUGUAACUCAUGCUUCAAGAACCACCUGUGAAAACAUUGUUACCCCCAUUGUAUUAUGAACUAGCAGAGUUUCCCUGUUUUGACUUACAUGUGUCCCACAGCACAAUGUUCCGUUUAUUUCCAUCCUCAGAAAAAGAUGUUCUACCAUAAGGCAGUCUAGGUGACUAAGAGCUCACCUUUAACUGUUCUUAAACCAACAGAAAGUUGAAAUAGGACUGUUUGGGCAAUGCCAAACAAAUCACUUGCAGCUUUUUUUCAUGGCGGGAAAGUGACAGCAGAAAACUGGUGACAAUGCCCAAAGGUAGAUCUUUGUUCUUGUUUGUAGCCAGGUUUCAGUAUUUGUUAGCUUACUGUUGGCGGAAAAAUGUGUUAAGAUGAUUUAUCUUUUGACUCAUUUCUGAGACCAGUGAGACCAAAGGGGGCCUUUUGAUAAGUGAUUUUAAGCUCUGGUUUAUGCUAUGUAAAGGAGCUUAUUACUCAGAAGGGACAGUACUAGUUUAUGAUUUAUAACUACCCUUUAUGUUGCAUCUUCCAGGGAUGGUUUUACAGUGUAAGGAGCUCUCCUGAUCUGAAUUUAUUAAUACUUAAUAGUUCUUGUUUGACAGAUAAAGGUGCUUAAUUAAAACGAGAAAAAAAUGCUCCAAAGUAGAAUUCUGUUGAUGCCAAAUUAAAAAAUUUAUUAUCACAGAAAGCUUCAGUUCUUUGUCUUUUAUUCAACUAUGAAGAGCUAUUGUCAGAGCUUAGAAUUCAUCUUUUUCAUUAAGUAUAGCCUCCUAAAGUCUAGUAGUAAAAGCAUCUUAAAUGACCUAAUCAUUUAUUGUGAAAGGUGCAUAUUAAUAAAAAGCAACCUUAAUUACACACUAAUCUUAAUGUAACAUACAAACAUGUUUCUAAGUUCUUUAAAAAAAAUCCUUAGGCAAGUAGAACCUGUGGAUGAGCCCAGAAUGGCUACAAAGAAUCAACUGGAGGAGAGUCUGGACACACAUAUAUAGCUCAAGUAUGAUGUUUUUGUUUACUCUCUUUUCACAUGGUCUUUGCACUAGUGUAAGACACCAGCUAACAAUGAAGUGUUUAUUGUUUAGAAAAAAGAAAACAAAGGUGACAAGUGAAAUGGGUACCAGCCAAACCAGAACACCGUACAUUUUCACAAGGUUUUUUUUUUUUUAAAGAUUUUAUCUUUAUUUGAGACAGAGAGCGAGCGAGCGAGCAAGCACAAGCAGAGGGAGCAGCAGGUUCCUCGCUGAGGAGGGAGCCCGAUGCGGUACUCAGUCCCAGGACCCCCGGAUCAUGACCCAAGCCGAAGGCAGACACUUAACGGACUGAGCCACCCAGGCGUCCCUUUCACAAGGUUUUAAAUUUGACCAACUCAACCUUUUUCUGCUCCAUGCAUAUUUUUACAUAUUCAGAGUUAACACAUUUGAGAUUUCAGGUUGCACUAAUGUAGUGGCUUCUCAACUUCUUUGAAGAGCCUCAUCUGUAUUUCCACUACAAAAAGAAACUAAUUCUUUGGUCACUUCAAACUUAGAAUUGAUUUCUCAAACAAAUAAUAACAGCUGGGAAAGCACUAGAACAUCUGACUUAUUUAGAACCAAAGAAAAAUACUCAAAAUCCUUUGUUUUAUAAUUAACCGUCAAUGUUGUGCCCAGUGUCCUCACUUUUCAACCAACUGUUCUUUCCAAAAGGCUAAGUCAUUAAAAUUUAUUUUCUCUAGACACAAUUCUUUGGGCUACUGCAUUCAGAAACCAUGACCUAAGUAUCAGUAAAUGGCUUUGCUUGACUAACAAAUGGGCCAGUCAUAAACAGACUUUGGUUGUAGCCUCAUUUUCAUUUCUUAUUUUUGUGAAGAAAUCAUGUUAAGAUAUUCCAUUUUAAAAUUUCUGUUGCUUUCCCGAUAGUUGGUGAUGAGUGUUUGGUGUGGUUAGGUCAACAUACACUGGUUUUUAGCAGUUACAGUGUCAUUGCUUGACACACUAUUUUGCCGUUAUCAUUUGGUAAGAUAAUCCACAUUCCAGUGUGCCUUCAAGGCACAUCAUUCAAACUGCAGUUUUCUUGUUUUGACAUAAUGGGUAUGAUCUGGUAACAGAAAAAAUAAUAAAGUGUUGUUGUACAGAUAGACAAAGCACUCCAAAUGCUUCCACAUCACCUGCGUCACUGAUUUUGUGGCAUACCAAAAAGGAAUGUGAGAUGAUGAGAAAGCCAGAAGCAGUUUCUGUAGCAGCUAUUCAGCCUUCCCACUGUGGUGCAAAAGUAGCCACAGACAGUACAGAAGUCAGGCGUGUGGCUGCAUUCCAAUAAAACUUUAUUUACGGAUCCUAACAUUUGAAUUUCAUAAUUUUCACAUGUCAGGAAGUAUUAUUCUUUUGAUUCCCCCCCCCCCCCAACCAUUUUAAAACCGCAAAAACCAUUCUCAUCUCACUGGCACAAAAACAGGCAACAGCCUCGUUUGGGGCCUGUAGGCCAUAGUUUGACGACCCUUGCUCCAGAUUUAAUAGAAUAUGGUGAGUCCAGAAUUAAUGGUUCGGGAACAUUACAAAUUAUCAGCCAAAUACCUCAUGUCCAAAAGCUAGAUUUAGUAAAGGUCAUAAUGUUCCUCGUAUUACUGCUUAAGAGACAGAAACCAAAAUUGACACAAACUAUGAAAUUCAGCAACUAGGUAGCUAUUCAAAAGGGAAUCUUUAUAAUUCCUAUUUUUUUUUAAGGAGGUGAAGAUCAAAAUAAGAAGAAACCAAUUAGAUCUGCUAUAUUGUGUCAGCUUUAAAAAGAAGCCACA